UAUCACAUUUCAAUAGCCGUAGUGAAGAAAAUCAAAACAAAGUUGUGUUGAAAUGCAGAAAUAAAACAUCGAAAUAAACGAACAAAACCUAAUAAAAUGACUUCCGAUGACACAGAUUCAAGUGGCAGUGAUUAUGAAGUCGAACAAUUUGUGCGUCCCGACAAAAUUCGCAAACAAGUAAAUGACGACAGUGCAGAUUUGCUUGGAAACUUCGACGACGCAAAGAGAAAAGAAAUUUUCGAUGGAACCUACGUUGAGACGAAAAAUACAAAUCCCAGCGAUGAAGAAAACGAAGAUGAAGAAGUUAAGGAUUUCAGUGGUGAAUCUGGCGAUGAGGUCAAAACAAAUGGCUCCACUAACCAUAAUAAUGACGAUGAAGACGACGAUGAUGAGGACAUGGAUGAAGAUGACGACGAUGCCGAAACUCCAGACAUCCCAACCACAAAACUAACAACAGAACAAUUGGCAUCGCUGAUGCGAGGCGCCAGCAAAGCCAAUCGAUUUGUUCUCUACGUUACAAAUCUCAACUUUGACACAGUUAGAGAAGACCUGGAGGAUUACUUUAGGCAAGCCGGCGAAGUGAAAAGUGUCCGCAUACCCAAAAAACGCCGGGGAGGUUUUGCAUUUGUCGAAAUGGCCAAUAUCGAUAGUUUCCAAAGAGCCUUCGCUCUCCACAACACAGAUUUGCAGGGACGCAAAAUUAAAGUACAAAUCUCGGAGGCAGGCAAAAAGAAAUCCGCCAACAAAAAGAACAUCAUGAAGCAGAAGAAUCGUAAGUUGGCCGAGAUGAGAAGUGAACAGAAAUUCUUCACAAAGAGCGGCAAGUACUAUGAUAAGACUCUAAAGAAGGAGAAGGCAAAAGAAAUGCUAUCGCGGAAGAAGUGGCGAAGAAAACCGGGCCCAAAGCCAACGUAAUCCUGUGAAAAUGAAAUAUAAUUUAGAUAUAUUCUUUUUUUAAUAAAAUAUGUUUUAUUGUUUGUUUUUUCUUAAACAAAAUGGAAA